GCGGUGACCUCGGGGGCCGCUGUUCUGGGACUCUGCAGUUGCCAUGGGAACAGUUAGGAUUUAACGGGGAUCAGUGCAAGCCUCUAGCCCUGCGAGGUGGGGCCCAUCGCCGCCUGCAGUUGAACGCCUCUGCUUGGCGUGGGCCUGGCAGCUCUUCGCACGCAGCUCAGACCAACCCCUCUCUCAGGGGUCCGGCCUUCCCACACUGGGGGAGCCACACGGGAUUGGAAGGCGGUGGAGGGGCGAGGGGCAGCACCUGGAGAGAAGGGCUGCGGACACCAGGCAGAAGGUGAGGUGGCCUCUGCCUCUCAGGUCAGUGCGAGGGCGUGCUGGAAGGCCCUGUGAGGCGAGAAGGCAGUGCCGCUGUUGAGACAAGUCCCAAGGCUGAGCCAGGAGCUGUCCCGGGGGCUCCUCGUUAUGAUGGCUGUGGAAGGGUCAACCAUCACCAGCCGGAUCAAGAACCUGCUGCGGUCCCCAUCCAUCAAGCUGCGCAGGAGUAAGGCAGGGAACCGGCGGGAGGACCUCAGCUCCAAGGUGAUCUUGGAGAAGGUGCUGGGAAUAACAGUGUCCGGAGGCAGAGGACUUGCCUGUGACCCCCGAUCCGGUUUAGUUGCCUACCCGGCUGGGUGUGUGGUUGUGCUCUUCAAUCCUCGGAAACACAAACAGCACCACAUCCUCAACAGUUCCAGGAAAACCAUCACUGCCCUUGCCUUCUCCCCUGAUGGCAAGUACUUGGUCACUGGAGAGAGCGGGCACAUGCCUGCCGUGCGGGUUUGGGACGUGGCUGAGCAUAGCCAGGUGGCAGAGCUGCAGGAGCAUAAGUAUGGUGUGGCUUGUGUGGCCUUCUCCCCGAGCGCUAAGUACAUUGUUUCUGUGGGCUACCAGCAUGACAUGAUCGUCAACGUCUGGGCCUGGAAGAAAAACAUUGUGGUGGCCUCCAAUAAGGUGUCUAGUCGAGUGACAGCAGUGUCCUUCUCUGAAGAUUGCAGCUACUUUGUCACGGCGGGCAACCGACAUAUCAAAUUCUGGUACCUCGAUGACAGUAAGACCUCAAAGGUGAAUGCCACUGUGCCCCUGCUGGGCCGCUCAGGGCUGCUGGGCGAGCUGCGAAACAACCUUUUCACUGAUGUGGCCUGUGGCCGGGGGAAGAAGGCAGACAGCACCUUCUGCAUCACAUCCUCGGGGCUCCUGUGCGAGUUCAGUGAUCGGAGGCUGUUGGAUAAGUGGGUGGAACUGAGAACCACCGUGGCCCACUGUAUUUCUGUAAGCCAAGACUACAUCUUCUGUGGCUGUGCUGAUGGCACCGUGCGCCUCUUCAACCCCUCUAACCUGCACUUCCUCAGCACUCUGCCCCGGCCCCACGCCCUGGGGACGGACAUUGCCAGCAUCACUGAGGCCAGUCGCCUCUUCUCGGGAGCGGCCAACGCUAGGUACCCAGACACCAUCGCCUUGACUUUUGAUCCCACGAAUCAGUGGCUGUCUUGUGUAUACAAUGACCACAGCAUUUAUGUGUGGGAUGUAAGGGACCCCAAGAAAGUGGGCAAGGUGUACUCGGCUCUGUAUCAUUCCUCCUGCGUCUGGAGUGUGGAGGUCUACCCUGAAGUGAAGGACAGUAACCAGGCCUGCCUGCCCCCCAGUUCCUUUAUCACCUGUUCCUCGGACAACACCAUCCGCCUCUGGAACACAGAGAGCUCCGGGGUACAUGGCUCCACCCUGCACCGAAACAUACUAAGCAAUGACCUCAUUAAGAUCAUCUACGUAGAUGGGAACACUCAGGCCCUGCUGGACACCGAGCUGCCUGGGGGAGACAAAGCUGAUGGGUCCCUGAUGGAUCCCCGCGUGGGUAUCCGCUCCAUGUGUAUCAGCCCCAAUGGACAACAUCUAGCUUCAGGAGACCGCAUGGGCACACUUAGGGUACACGAGCUGCAGUCUUUAGGUGAGAUGCUAAAGGUGGAGGCCCAUGACUCAGAAAUUCUGUGCCUGGAGUACUCCAAGCCAGACACAGGUCUGAAGCUUCUAGCGUCAGCGAGCCGGGACCGACUGAUCCACGUGCUGGAUGCUGGACGAGAAUAUAGCCUGCAGCAGACGCUGGACGAGCACUCAUCCUCCAUUACUGCUGUCAAGUUUGCAGCCAGCGACGGCCAAGUCCGCAUGAUCAGCUGUGGUGCAGACAAGAGCAUCUACUUCCGCACUGCACAGAAGACUGGAGAUGGAGUACAGUUUACACGGACACAUCACGUGGUGAGGAAGACGACCCUCUAUGACAUGGACGUGGAGCCCAGCUGGAAGUACACGGCCAUCGGCUGCCAGGACCGAAAUAUUCGGAUCUUUAACAUCAGCAGUGGGAAGCAGAAAAAGCUGUUUAAAGGGUCACAGGGUGAGGACGGCACUCUUAUUAAGGUGCAGACAGACCCCUCGGGUAUCUACAUCGCCACCAGCUGUUCUGACAAGAACCUCUCCAUUUUUGACUUCUCCUCAGGCGAAUGUGUGGCCACCAUGUUUGGCCACUCAGAGAUUGUCACUGGCAUGAAGUUUAGCAAUGACUGCAAGCAUCUCAUCUCUGUGUCAGGGGACAGCUGCAUAUUUGUGUGGCGCCUGAGUUCUGAGAUGACCAUCAGCAUGAGGCAGCGUCUGGCUGAGCUGCGCCAGCGUCAGCGAGGGGGCAAGCAGCAAGGACCAUCCUCUCCCCAAAAAGCUACUGGACCCAGCCGGCACGAGGCCCCUUCGGUGCUCUGUCCUGGACCUGCUCUCUCAUCAGACAGUGACAAGGAAGGAGAAGAUGAGGGUACUGAAGAGGAGGAACUGCCAGCCCUGCCCGUCCUUGCCAAGGGUACCAAGAAAGAGCCAGCCACCAUGCCCAGCCCAGCCCUGCCCCGAAGCCUGUCCCACUGGGAGAUGAGUCGGGCACGGGAGACAAUGGAGUUUGCUCCAGCAGCCAAUCAAGGACCCAGAAAAAGGGGGCGCUGGGCUCAGCCAGGCGUGGAGCUGAGUGUUCGUUCUAUGCUGGACCUGCGGCAGCUGGAAACAUUGGCCCCAAACCCUCGGGGCCCUAGGCAGAACUCACUGUCCUUGAACCCAUCUGGUCUUGGGAACCGUGGUCAGCAGGCCUCUGAGACCUCACCUGCUGGUCAGGAUGAAAAGCCCCCUCGACCUCAUGCCUCUCAUCCCUGUUCCUGCCCCCACAUCAUCCGAUUGUUAUCUCAAGAGGAAGGGGUCUUUGCUCAAGAUCUGGAGCCUGCCCCCGUUGAAGAUGGUAUUGUCUACCCAGAGCCGAGCGAUAGCCCCACCCUGGACACCAGUGAGUUCCAGGUACAGGCUCCAGCCCGAGGGGCCCUGGGACGAGUGUACUCAGGCGGCAGGGCCUCAGAGAAGCACAGCCCUGACAGUGCCUGCUCUGUGGAUUACAGCAGCAGCCGCCUUUCUAGCCCUGAGCACCCCAAUGAAGACUCUGAGAGCACGGAGCCCCUGAGUGUGGAUGGCAUUUCCUCAGACCUCGAAGAGCCAGCCGAGGGUGAUGAGGAAGAGGAGGAAGAGGAGGGAGGCACCUGUCCCUUUGGCCUUCAGGAAGGCAGCCCCCGGACUCCGGAUCAAGAGCAGUUUCUGAAACAGCACUUUGAGACACUGGCCAAUGGGACUGCUCCAGGGGGCCCAGUCCGGGUCUUGGAAAGGGCAGAGUCUCGGAGCAUCUCAUCACGAUUUCUGUUGCAAGCGCAGACCCCCCCGCUCAGGGAACCGCCCCCGUCCUCCUCAAGCCCAGCACUGACAGCAAGACCAGUCCAGGUACCCCAGGCUUCCAGAGCGCAGCUGAGAGGCAGUGAUGUCAAUCCUCCGGGAGCACCCCCAGAGGUGGAGCCCUCCCCUGGAAACCCCGCACUCCAGCAGGCAGCCCCUGUGCUGUUGCCACGACGCCGACUCAGCCCGGACAGCAGCUGGGCCCCCAAGAGAGUGGCCACAACUGGCGCCAUAGGUGGACUUCAGAAGGCCCAGUCUGUGCACAGUCUGGUACCACAGGAUGAAGCCCCUCUGCCAGGCCCAUUGUCCUCACAGGAGAGGGGAGCCCAGGAGGGCCUGCACUCCCUGCCCCAGACUGAUGGCCAGCCGUCCAGGCCCUCCUCCUCCCAGAACCCCGCCACCAGCUCCACAGCCAAGAUGUCCCGCAGCGUCUCUGUCGGGGAGAACAUGGGCCUGGUGACAGAACCUCACUCUCCUGCCCCCAUCCGCGUCUCACCACUCAGCAAGCUGGGCCUGCCCAGCCGGGCGCACCUGGUCCUGGACAUCCCAAAGCCGCUGCCUGAUCGUCCUACUCUGGCCACAUUCUCUCCUGUAACCAAGGGCCGGCCCCCUGGUGAGGUAGAGCAGCCUGGCUCCCUAGCAGGCCUAGGAAAGGCUCACAGUACAUCUGAGAGGCGUGCCUGUUUAGGGGAGGGUACCCCUUCCAAGCCUAGGACAGAGUAUCAGGCUCAGCCUGGACCCAACAGCCCCUGCGCUCAGCAAUUGCCAGUCGGUAGCCUCCUCCGAGACCCGGAGAACUUGCAGCCCCCAACCCUUGCGAAGACUCCCAGUCCUAUGGAAUGCACCAGGCCAGGGGCAGCCCCGAGCCAGGACUCAGAACCAGCGGUGAGCCUGGAGCAGUGCCAACACCUUGUGGCAGAGCUGCAGGGCAACAUGCGCCAGGCAAUGCGGCUCUACCACUUGGUGGCCAGCUGUAAGACGCCCUCAGCAGAGCAAAGUCGCAUCACUCAGCUCCUCAGGAACACCUUCUCUUCAGUGCGGCAGGAGCUAGAGACCCUGACUGGGCCAGUGUUGUCCAGCCCGGGUGGAAGCCCUGGGUCUGUGGGGGCCGAGCAAACACAGGCCCUGCUAGAGCAAUACUCUGAGCUGCUGCUUCGAGCUGUAGAGCGGCGUAUGGAACGCAGACUCUGAGUUCCAGAAGCCUGUCCCAAGUGAAAAGUCCCCUUAUUCCAGACUCUACCCAUUUCUCCACUCACCAAAACCCGUGGGGAUGCUCGGAGUGGAUAGCAGGGAUCAGUGCUCAGGGGAAACAGCUUUCCCCCACUGGACCCCUGUAUUUAUUAAUUUAUUUCCCUGACUGUUGCCUCACGUUCUUGGACUCCUGCCUCCACAGCCCCUCCAGUGGCUCGUGCAUGGGUGGUUCUGGAGUCAGUCAUCUUGGUGCUGUGAGGAGGAGGAGGCAGCCUGCUCCACCUGGGGGGGAUCGGGAAGGGCUGGCCCUCUCUUCUUAGAAGCCAUUUGAAUUUACUGCAGGGAUCAGCUCCCUGGGGUGGAGCACACACAGGGUAUUCAGUGGGGUGUAGGUGAGAGGCCAGGGUGCAUUCAGUGCCCUUCAGCCAGCAGCUGAGCUUCACCUCUACCUCCACUUCUCCUCCCACACCAGCUGCACUGCCCUGGCUGCCAGAGCAGGGGUUAUCCGUUCUCCCCCAUUCCUGGCAGUCCAGAAAGGCAGAGCCCUCUGGCCCUCCAGGGCGUUCCCAGCUAUAAAGAGGCUUGAAUUGUUAUCAAGUCCUGAGCCCCCACAUUCCACUCCCAUCCCCCCCUCCAAGAGGGCCCUUGCAUUGCCUCCUCCCUCUGCUCCCUUUUUCUCUUGGCCAAGACUCUUGGAGCCAGCUGCGGGACGUUGCUGCAGGACAGUAGAGCCCUCUGGUGGGCAACCAUGGAGCCCUGGCCAUGUUUUCUCAGCCUUCCCUAACCUCCAAACCUGGUCCCCAGCAGAUUGUUGGAGCCCGGAGGCCACCUUCUCCCUGGAUCCUUGAGUGAUGCUCAGUCAGAAGCCUGUGCUGGAACUUCCCUCAUGGUUUACAGGGCACCGUCCCACCUUCUAAGAACCUUGGCCACAGAUGAAACACACAUGCACACACGCACACGUGCGCGGCUGGCUGGUGUGUGCCUGGUUUCCUCUCACAUCCUGCUUUGCCAUCCUGGUUCACGGGGAACUCCGCUCAAGGAGCACAAAAAGAAAUGGAACACACACUGCAUUCCUGGCGUCUAGCCUGGCUGGUAGGAGAUGGUCCCUGGAGUCCGUGAUUCGGCUAGAAGGGGCCUCCUCAAAGGCAGAGCGGGGCACCCAGGCGUGCUCAGACAUUUGAGGGGAGGAAGGAACGUGGGACUUCGCAGGGGCCGCGAGACACGUAAGAAAGGUGGUAGGUGGGACAGGUAAGUGGUGGAGGGAAGGCGUAGGUUAGAAUCAGAAGGGCAGUUCUUAGGGUGAGAGGCAGGAGGUAGGCAGGGUGGUAGCGCGGGAGCAAGUAGUGAAGCAGUUGAGCGGGGGUGAGGAACGUGUCUCCGGGCUAUAGGGCUGGCGGGGUAAGCCGGGGCAGCUGUGCCGCACCUGGUCACAACAGCCCUUGCCCCCUUGGGCCGGCCCAGGCCCUGCGGGCUCUCGGCAGACUUAAGAAGCUGGAAUCUUAAGGGUACCCAGCUGCCUGCAUGCAGCCGGCACCACGCCGGCAGGUGGAGCGGUUUCGGCCCCACUCUGCGCCCAGCACCUGCAGGGCCGAGCGGAGAGGCGGGGUCUGGAGAACUGUCGCGGCGGGGGCGGGGGAGACCCCUGG